AUGAUGCCCGCCCCCAGGGCCCCCCGGGCCCCCCAAGUCCCCACGUCCUCAGCGGUCUCAGGUGUGCGACCGGGCCCUGCCGAGCUUGUACCGAGGCAACAGCUAAAAGAGGAGCAGUUGGGCCACAUCAGGACUCUGCAUAAGCAGUUAAAGGACAAUGAGGGAAAGCUUGUGCAGAAAGAGGUGGCAUGCAGGGAGGAGGUAGAGCAGACCCGACAAGAGAAUGUGGAGCUCAUCAAGACCCAGGAGCUGCAGCUGGAAGAGUUGCAGAAAGAGCUCACCAGUCUGGAGAAGCAAGUCAAGGCCUCGCAGACAGAGAAGCAGAUCUGGGUGGAUUAUAAACUGCUGGGCAGCCAGGAAAACCAACAACAGAUCCAGCAGCUGGAAGAUGAGCUCACACACAUACACAGUGCCUUCCAGGAGAUGACAGAGAGCAUCGAGUGGACCAUGCAGGAGGACAUGAAGAAAACUGACAAGAAGACGGACAGGAAGAUGGAGAAGGAGAAACAUCUCGCUUCAGAGAGAGCCAUUAAACACCUUGACAAACACAGCCGGCUGGCCAUCAAGGAGAACAAGUGGCUCAAGAAAGCGCUUUCCUUUUACAAAUUAGAAGUUGCACGGUUGGAGGAGGCUGUUCAAAAGCUAGAGGAGGACAACUUGACAGUUUUAAGUCUACUGUUUGAUCUGGAAUUCAGCGACUCCAGUAUAUUCAGUGACUCCUUUGCAAGCAAGAAACCUGGCCUGAGUGUGUGUGAGUCAGAAACCGCAGGAGAGACCAUAGAACAGGGCAUCAUGGGAAAACCAGCGGAAGCAGACGGGACUCCGGGGUGGCCAGAGGCCCCGGAGAGCGACAAGCCGUGCACCAGCAGCAGCCAGCCGAGCGCCCAGUCAGCCGCCUCCUCCACCCAGCAGAUCUGCAACCUGCUGUACGGCCGCCAGGGCAACUUUCAACAGGACCGUCCACACCUGGGGGCCCUGAAGCUGCUGAUUCUGAAGGGCCAAAGUGCCGUUCUGCACCGGGUGCCCCCUUCCUGGGACACGCUGCCUCCAGGCCUGCAGCAGAUCACCUCGGACUGGCCCGUCACCACCAGCAUGAUCCUCAGCAGAUUCAAAUAG